UACAGCAGCUACCCGUCUUUUUUGUCGAUGUUGAGAGCAACUGAAAACUGGAAAGUCCCUGACGUACAAGCACAGGGUUUCCGGUUGGAACGACUUUUAUUUAAAUGAGGGCUGUUGGGCCUCUUUUCGCCUAUUUUAUCUUCAUGGAUUUAAAGAGCCUGGUUUGCGUGUAUUUUUAGCUUAAGAACGAGUAUACCGAGCUAGCUUGUCAAAAGAAGCUAGCUCUUUGUAUGACAAGCGGCUAGCUCGUGGGGGAGAUGUUGUGUUGUUGAACCGAAGACAGCCCUCUCGUCGUCUGGGAGAGGACAGACGUCAUCCGUUCGUGUUGCAACGCCGCCGCCGCCGCCGCUCGGAAAAACAUAUCAUUGAAAGAAGUGGUCUGUGAAAUAUUGGCUGUGUUACGUAAGGGAAGCGACGCCGAGAGAACGCGAGGGAUACAGAGGGAAGGAGUUCGGACGAAGAUGGGCAACUGCCUCAAGUCGCCAACUUCGGACGACAUGUCGUUGCUCCACGAAUCUCAGUCGGACCGGGCUAGCUACGGAGACGGAGUCGACCCCGACCUGGAGCCGCCGCCCCCUUACCAGGAGCAAAUCCACGUUCCCAUCUACCACCCGACACCAAGCCAGGCCCGACUAGCAACCCAGCUCACAGAAGAGGAGCAGGUACGCAUCGCCCAGCGCAUCGGACUGAUCCAGCACCUACCAAGGGGCGUUUUCGACCCCGGUCGGGACGGAUCUGAGAAGAAGAUCAGAGAGUGCGUCAUCUGCAUGAUGGACUUUGUGUACGGGGACCCCAUCAGGUUCCUGCCAUGCAUGCACAUCUACCACAUGGACUGUAUCGACGACUGGCUCAUGAGAUCCUUCACCUGCCCAUCCUGCAUGGAGCCGGUGGACGCCGCAUUGCUUUCCUCCUACGAGACCAACUGACACGCAGCUGCACGUGCCCGCCACACACACAUACACCCCAUACACACACAAAUGUGGACCACGUUUAACACAAACAUGCAAACAUAGACUGCAUACUCGUGGACAUAUCCAGGAUUAGUAAUGAUGAGUGAAAAUGGACCUGCUGGCCAGGAUUGUGUUUGGGAGAGUUAAAAAAAAAAUGAAGCUGCCUAACAGGAGGCAGCGGACUAAAAAAGGAAAAAAGGUUACGGAGACUUUUUACUGUCACACAUUUACACAAAAAGUUAGGGAUAUCGGGCUUGCGGGUGAAGUUUUAGGAUGAAUCUGAAAUGCACUCUCUUCUUUACAGGUGAGCUUACCAAGUACUUUUCUCAAAUUCAAAUGCACCUGUCUAACUAUUCAGUGAAUAAUUUAUGAAUUGUUUAUAAAGUGUUGAAACGUUUGGACCUGUGCAUUUAAAAAAAAUACAGGCCAGAUUAAAGAGACAGACAACACCAAGUACAAAAGACCUUCAUGUUAUCUUGGAGUCUAUCGACUGCACAGUUGCAUGUGGUAAUCAGUAUUAAUGAUCAUGAGGAAGGGCGGGGAUUCUGGGAUACUCGCAUUUGAUUGGCUAAAAUAGUACCAGCGUCGAUAAAAUGGCUGUCUCUGUUGGAUUGCCACUUGCCGGAAAUACUGGCUUUUAUUUACGUUUUUCUCCUCCUCCUCUAUUACACAUUUUAAAAAUCUGUUUUUUUUUCUUUUUAUUAAAAAAGAUUUUUCUACUGGGAUGCACAUGAUAAAGGUGUUGUCUGUCCCUUUCAGUGACCUCAUUCACUUAUUGAUAUGUCAGUGCAUCCUAAAAUUUCCAAGGCCAAUACCUCAACCUUUUUGGGAGAAGUGUAUCUUUGUCAUGGACUGUGAUGACAAACAAGAUGGCCCAUCUGCACACCGUGCUGUCUUUCCUCAGACCACCUAGGAUCCUUGCUGAGACCUGAUAGAAGAAGUCGUGGGGUCCGAGCUGCCAGCGAUGCAGAUUUGCGAUUAGAUUACGACAGAUGCACUCGGUCUUGACCUCCGGUGAGAAAUGUCAACUUGAUUGUGUUUUUGUAAAGGGCUUCUGUUCGAUUUCCCCCCACAUGGCAAAAGGAAAUGUUACGUGUCAAUCAAGCUGUGUUCAUGCUUACUUUCUGGCAGGAUAAUGCAUUUGGAGGCGUAAAGGUAGCGCUGACGUUGAACUGAUGCGCCUCUGCUUGCGUUCACGGUUAACAACACUUGCCUCUGAUGGUCACCCAAUUCGCUGGUCGAAUUACCCGCAUCACUACUUUUCACCAGCGGUUCUUGAAGUACCUGAGUCAGAUAGUUUUCCGACAGCCCUUGCCAUAGGAAUGAUGAAAUUCAUUGUUUUACGAUAACAAAAACAUUUUAUCAGAAUAAAGUAUUCUGUCCAGGGUUUUCCCAAGAAAACAAAGCCCAGUAGUAGAGAAGCCCACUAUGUUUUGGGGAAAAAUACACAAAUGUUAAGUUGAAAUAAUGACUAUUACCUGUUAUUUUAAUACAUUUAUUAAAAAUACGUAAACGUAGUCUCACAAAAUGUCAGUCUUGAAAUAUAGUCUUAAAAACUUAAUGCAAUUCAGUGCUAUGGCAGAGAGCUGGGACAGGUUUAUUCACAUUUCAACCAGAAGAUGUCACCGUUGCGCUUUCAAACAUAUCACAAGACAUGGUCAAAAGGCAGUCAAGAUAUGUGUACUUUAAUAUUUUUUGUAGUACUGUUUUAGCUUGAUAAGGGGACAAGAAAAGUAUGGCGGCCCACCAGACUUUUAAGCCACAGGGCGAAACCCUGCCAUCAUAAUAUCAUAAAAUAAGUAUUUUGUUCUGUAAAAAAUAUAAUUUUUUUUCUUGUAAUAAUUCAUCUUUCAUUCGCAAAUAGAAAUAUAACUUAAUUUAUACAGGGAUGUCAGAUAACAUUCGUAAUAGAAGAAGCAACACUUGGUAACUUUUCGGUUUUGGUCAAUUUUGGCGACGCCGGUGGACAAAAGUGGUAGUGUUUUGCCUUAAGGAAGACUGCGUUUCACAUGAGGGCCAGUAUGGGGCGCUGUUUGUAAAGCAGCAACUGGCUGAAAAUUAGGACAACAUUUUCUCGCAUUUAGCGCCACACAGUGUUUAAAAUGGUGUGAAAUUUUUGGAGUCACUUUUUUUGGGCAGAUUUAGCAUUAACAUUAUUUAGCAACUUAAAUAUUUAAUCUUAAAUAAAAAGUUUUGGACCUGACUCGUUAAAUCCAGAACUAAAUAUUUAAUUUAAAUCCUAAAUUUAUAUCCUAUAUCCUAAAUGUUAAAUCGGGAAACGAUCGGAACGAAAUAUUUAGCUUAAUAUGCAAAUUCACAUGACUGGAGACCGGAAGUAACAAAAUAAAAGCUGGUGGAGUAGCUCAGACUGUCUGUUUAUGUUGCUUGAAAAUGAAUAAAACCUUCUCAACGGUGGCAGUCUGCUCUUAGACAUAAGUCAUUGUGAUAAUAACAAUAUAUAGGUAAAAUACAUAUUUGGGAGAAACUAAUGAGUAUUUUGUGUGCUCCAGCUUUUAUUUUGUUACUUCUGGUCUCAAGUCAUGUGAAUUUGUAAUUAAGCUAAAUAUUUACUUCCAACCGUUUCCAGAUUUAGCAUUUAGGAUAUAGGAUAAAAAUUUAAGAUCAAAAUUAAAUAUUUAGUUCUGGAUUUAAACAUUUAGGUACAAAACUUUUUAUUUAAAAAUGAAUAUCUAAGUUGCUAAACAAUGUUGUAAAUGUGCAAAAAAAAGUGACUAAAAAUUUCACACCAUGUUUUAAACGCUGUGUGGUGCUAAAUGUGAGAAAAUGUUGUGGUAAUUAUCAGCAUGUGCUGCUUUACAAACGGCACCCUAUAGGCCAGCGCACACCUGGUACACUGUUGUAAAAUCAUCACUCAAUCUUCCGGUCACCUGCAGAUGGAUUAAACAAUAUUUGUAUUCCACCGGAAGGCUGAAGGAUGAAUAGUAAUAAGGUAAUGAAUCCAGUUGUGGCUAAACAAUAGCAUAAGACUGUUAGCUACCGUGUACUUAGUGUGGCUCAAACUACUCGUCAGCGCUGACAAGUUCGGUUGAGGGGGAGGGGCGUCACCCCAGCGAGUGAGAGCCGGGCCAAUGUUUAUUCUGUGUAUCCUGGUAGCCUGCCUUUAUUUCCCUCAUUAGACAAAACUUUUUGUCUCUUUUGUUGCUCUGCCAUCUUUGCAGAUUUGCGCGAAAGUGUUUGCAUCGACUUCCGUCUUUAUAUUGAAUGGGGAAAGGGGAAGUAACGUUUGCUGUAAAGCAGUCAGCACAUUUGUAGGUUUUUUUUUUGUGUGUGUGUUUGGCAGGGUUCCUGCCACCUUCCUCAGAGUUAGUUCCGGUGAAAGAGAUACAGACCCCCUCAAGAUAUAAAAGAAGCGUCGUUCAACUAGUUGUCAGUCGACACAUCACAAAUGUUAUGAAAAUAUUUUGUAAAGGGUGAAAAGUUACCUAGUGUUGCUUUAAGCUAAAGACAAAGAUUAAUUGGUUUAUUCAAAUUGUUUUAUUGGUGUUCUCAGCCCUUCGUGUGGUCUAAAAAAAUGAUAUCGAAUUAGGAAAAAAACAACAUUUUAGUGCAGGGAUGUCCAAACUUUUUGCAAAGGGGGCCAGAUUUGGUGUGGUAAAAAUGUGGGGGGCUGACCUGGGCUGACGUCCUUCACGUAGAACAGUAUGUUUAAGCAAUUUUUAGCAAGCCAUUCUGUGCGUCACAUUUGCUUUAUUAUUUUUUAUAACUAAUAAUUUAAACAAUCUCGCAACUAGCCUUUGUGGCGUUCUCUUUCGACUCUCAGGCUCUUGCGAAAUACUGCUGCUGUGAAAUUAAACUAGCUUCAAUUUGCUUCAAUAUCUCGCUGCGUAUCUUCCCUGUAAUCUUGUCGUACAUGUCAGCUUGGUUUGGUAAUAUCGCCUCAUAUUGAACUCUUCAAAAACAGCGACUGUCUCUUUUUAAAUGAGGCAGACACAGUUGUUGCGUAUUUUAGUGAAGAAAUUGUCCAAUAUCCACCUAUCCUUGAAGCGCCGGCCAUCGCAGACAACUUUCUUUUUUUUUUUUUGUUGAUUGUCGCCAUUUUAGAAAAAUGGAAGUAAAGGGUGACACGGGGUAAUGUUGCUUAGAGUGCAGUUGCCUUUUAGUAGGUAAAUGAGGAGCAGCAUUUAGGCUAGGUUCAUACUACAGGUCUUAAUGCACGAAUCCGAUUUUUUUGUGUUUUUCCGACUCGAGUCAGGCAUUAACUUGACGGUCUGAACGGGACAAGUCGCAUAGAAGUGGUACAUUUCAAAUCUGAUCUGAGUCACUUUCAUAUGUGGCUUAAAUCCGAUCUGGGCCACAUUUUUUCAGAACGUGACUGGCGGUCUGAACUGUCAAGACUCCCAAAUCGGAAUUCAUGCAGCAAUUACGUCAGCAAAGGGCAAGAGGGGCGGAAGACGGCAGCUAUGUAGGCAUUAGCGCCUAGCUUGAACUCUGCUUUUAAGCACGAAAUGGGCUUGACCACAGUCAUACAAAAAAUAAAAUGAAGAAAAGAAUAAGCCUUACAAUUUUUUAUUUUCAUUUUGUGCGCCGAAUGAGCAAUAUUUCAUUCUUGCACACAUGGCUGAGUCAGGGCCAGUGUUGUCACAGAUUACUUGAAAAAGUAAUUUAAUUACCGAUUACGCCUCAAAAAAGUAAUCUAGUUACUUUACUGAUUACUUCAUUAUCAAAGUGACUAAAUUACUUUAAACGUAAUCUAUCAGUUACUUUUUACCCAUCUUUCUCCCUUUGCUGCCUCAACAUAAGAAUGACAACAGAAAAAUGUCAUCACAUGUAAUUGACAUUCCGAUGAUAGAAUUUAAAGGGGAAUAUCAGAAUUUCGCGCAAGCUUAGCCACUCCGGAGCCCUGAAACUAACAAAUAUCUGACAAACUGCUUGGAAUUUGUUGAAAUCAACCCCACAGACCAACUAAACCCUGCUAACUCUAAGAUCAAGCCUCAUGUCAAAACUUCUGAAUUUCGGGUUAUGGUUAACAGCAUAUCAGUGCCAAUGUAAAACAAUGCAAACUGACGGCACAAUAAUCAAAAACACACAAGUGGAUUGUACAGUGCAAUAAACACAAAGGUGGUGGCAGGCGCGGAUGUGCAACAACCCGGAAGUACUCCUCUCAACACACACGCAGUCAAUUUCGCCACAAAACGUCGCGGCAACUAAGCACUUUACACUCAAUCGGACUUACAACACAUCCCACAGAUGCUAAACGAACACAUCACCUCAUGGCAUAAAUGUUGAACACGCAUAUGAUGUAAAUAAAGCUUGCCACCUUGGAGCGAUGACUGCCCGUCGUUGCUACGGCAAAGCUACGAAACGGCCGCGCAUGUAGGGGGUCCAACCUUUUGCUGAUACCCUCCAAAAUGAAGGAAAAAUACUCACCUUCAUUCAUGGAUAUCCACAGAUCAACAUUCCCUCGCAACGUCUCAACACUCGGCGCAAAUGCCCACCCGCCUCAGUCCCACAACACGUGACGCGAGACCAAAACAGGAAAUGGCUAAGAGGUUGUCAUGGAAACACGCACCGGGAACCUUUUAUUUUAGCAUUUUCUAUUCAAAAUGCUCUUCGUUCAUGACUACAAUGUUCUUCAUUCUACAUACGUUAUGAGGCAAUGAAAAAAUAGUAACGCAGAGACACUAAGGAAACGAACUUUAAUCGGAUUACUGGUGUAGAAAAAUGAACGCGUUAGAUUACUCGUUACUGAAAAAAGUAAUCAGAUUACAGUAACGCGUUACUGACAACACUGGUCGAGGCAAACUGACGCACCCACGUCAUUUCACGCACACAAGUCAAGGCUCGUGUGUGCGUGUAUGCGUUCUAUCAGUCCAUAUAAACUUUGAAUAUUAGACUAAACGGGGAUUAUUAAUGUCUGUUAUUUGUGUCCUCUUUUUGGAAAUCAAAAUAUGAUCACUCUGGAAUGACACAGCUAGCAUGUGCAAUUUGUUUUGAUGCUUCUGCGCAUGCGGGUCUUUUUGCUGAGUGCAUCUCGGACCGUGAAUUAGUGCCCAUGCGUGAUACUUGAACUGUCUCAAUGGACAAAGGCAUUCUGAACAGGCACGCCAAAAAAACAGAUAUGGCAAAAAAUCGGAUUUGUGCAUUAAGACCUGUAGUAUGAAUUUAGCUUUAGUGUGUAAGCUACUUCAUAUGCUGGUAGCAGUGCUGACCAGUUUAUUAAGUCUGUGCCAGACGUUAUUGAUUCAUGACAGAGGCUGGGGGCCGGGUUAAAUUUGACCACGGCCAGCAUUUGGCCCCCGGGCCGGACUUUGGACAUGUCUGGUUUAGUGUGUCAAGGGCUCGAAUUUAUUCCUUCAUGCCAACGUUGUGAAAUUCAGCGACAUGGUUAAUUUUUAAUGUUUGAGUUGGAAAUGAAGGACUCAGCAAUUUUACGGAAUCUAUGCGUGAAAGUCCUCUGAAAGCACAGAAAGCAAGCAAAUGUUUAACUUCUCUUUUGGCUAAAAUUUCUGGAAAAUCUGUUCCAAAACCGAUGUUUUAUGACAACCAGUGGGAAUGGUGACACCAAUUAGUCUUAGCCUAGCAUUUUUGCACAGACUAUGCUUUAGUUUCCUCUCCAUCACAGCCUUAGGAUGCCAAAAUUUUGAAAUGAAUGAGCAAGGAAGGACGUGAUUGUGCAGGUUGGGUCAACUAGUCAGAAAAACAACAAACACUUCGUGGAGCAGUUUGAUAUUUGGGUUGGGUUUGGGUAAUCUUGUUAUGUAUAAAAUGUUAACGUCUCAUUCUGGAUCUUGUCUAGUACUGUUAGGAAUAGGAAGCAAAGGGACGUGCAAAUAGAAGUACAGUACUGUGCAUGUUAGCUUGGUUGUUUUACUUAGCCUUAUGAUUUUGCAAGAUAGGAGCCAUCCUUCAGACAAUUUUUUUGCUUUCACUUGUGCGUGUUAACAAGACGCGAGCACUGUAUGGUAGCAGCAAACUUUACUUGAUAAUUCGCAGCAGUUGGGCAGAAUUUUUUUCCCCCUUAUAGAUCUUCUAACUGUUGAACACCACUUUCAAGGUGAAGUUUCCUGUCAAACAGAAUUAUAAUUCGUGUAUUUAGAACAACUAAACAAGUUUGCCUCACAAAUGCCUUGCUAAAUUAAUGCUAACACCUAAAUUCCUCUGCCGUUGACAUCUAUAGAAGUCAAAUAUCUGAGUUAACCGGGAAAGUUGGCAGUGAAUUAGAAUAAUAGGCCAAAUAAGUUGGCAGGGAAUUAGAAUAAUAUUCAGUUUUAUUUGUAUAGCCCUAUAUCACAACAAGGUUGUCUCAAAGGACUUUGCAGAGGCAAUAUGAUACACAGUCAGAAACAGUAGAUGAAUUAAAUAAAGUUCUAGUCCAAGUCCUGGGCAUCUCUCAUUCUUAGACCCUCCAUGUCGGCAAGGCAAUAAUAGGCCAAAUAAGAAUAGCCCUGUAGACAGCGGAUAAUAGAACACAAGCAAUGAAGCCGUGUCCUCUGUGAAAAACAACUACCGACAAUAUUGCAGCUUAAUCAGUCACUGAGACAAGGGCGUAGGUUUGCAUAGGGAUGGUAGGGACAUAACACUACUAACUUUUCAGGAUGCUGAAAUUGUCCCCAUCAACUUGUAAACAACCCUAUUUACAUUAUAUAAUGGCGUCAGUUAUAUAGGUCAUUGAGAUUGUCCUCCCAUAUACAGUACCCUCCAUAAUUAUUGGAUUUAUAGUAAUUAUGUGUUUUUUAGAUUCUAAUAUUUUUUUUUUCUAAAUAAUAUGGGACCAGUGGGUAUGAGGUGCUUUUCAGCAUCCGCAUCUUUCAUGGCACGCCAGACCCACUUAGAGUGUUUGUUGCCAAAAAGCUCAAUCUUGGUCUCAUCUGACCAAAGCACACGGUCCCAGUUGAAGCCCCAAUACCGCUUGGCGAACUCCAGACGUUUGCGUUUAUGAUUGUGAGUGAGGAAAGGUUUUCUCAGUGCAUGCCUCCCAAACAGCUUGUUGGCGUGUAGACAGCACCUCAUACCCACUGUGAAGUAUGGGGGUGGGUCAGUGAUGCUGUGGGGCUGUUUCGCUUCCAAAGGCCCUGGAAACCUUGAUAGGGUGCAUGGCAUCAUGAAUGCUUUGAAAUACCAGGACAUUUUAAAUCAAAAUCUGUUGCCCUCUGCCCGAAAGCUGAAGAUGGGUCGUCACUGAGUCUUUCAGCAAGACAAUGACCCUAAACAUAUGGCCAAAUCUACACAGAAAUGGUUCACCAGACACAAAAUCAAGCUCCUCCCAUGGCCAUCUCAGUCCCCAGACCUCAACCCCAUUGAAAACCUGUGGGGUGAGCUGAAGAGGAGAGUACAGAGGAGAGGACCCAGGUCUCUGGAUGAUUUAGCGAGAUUCUGCAAAGAGGAAUGGCUGAAGAUCGCUCUUUGUCUUUUCCCAUCUUGUGAAACAUUAUAGGAGAAGAUUAGGUACUGUUUUGUUGGCAAAAGGGGGUUUGUACAAAGUAUUAACAUCAGGGGUGUUAAUAAUUGUGACACACAUUAUUUGAUGUCAAAUAAUUAUUUCUUUAUGUGGGAUUUUUUCCCAACUGAAUAAAUGCACUUGUAUUGAAGGUUGGAUUUUUCUUUUUUUUCCAUUAAGGUCCCAUAUUAUUGAGAAAAAAAAAUAUUAGAAGCUAAAAAACACAUAAUUAUUAUAAAUCCAAUAAUUAUGGAGGGCACUGUAUCGUAAGAAGAAUUGACCCGACCAUUAUUAAGUGAAUUACAGUACUUUCAUUAUGUUCAGACUUACAUUGACCCCUUUUCACUUGCUGAAUGUGCCAGUCCAUUUCCCCCCCUCAAACGCACGUUUGAUUGGCUGAUGACUUCACCCCCCCCCCCACACACACACGCAUUCACAGCCAAACAGAAAUACAACAUGCCUCCGCCCCAUUGAAGACGAGGGAUAUUAGAAGUUUUUGUCCUGCCAGCAGAAGCCACUGUAAGUAAUGUAAAAAGAUGUCAAUGUUGUGGAGGUGGGGAACACACCACUAAUUUUGAUACUGAAAGUCCGCCCUGCAUCAGAGUUAGCAUAACAUUAAUCUGUGUGAAUUUCCCAAACUCAAUGAGGAAGCUGCGUUGAGAGAAAUAUCCUGUAUGUUUUGUACUGUUAACGUUAAUCAAACUGGAAGAAAUAUAGUGAACCAAGGAUUACCCCUUUAUAGAUGGAUUAUAGAAAUGAUGAUUAACAAAUUCGUAUUUCUUAUGUAUGUUAAUAUAAUUUGUGUUAAAAUAUUGCAAUUAAAAUUUGCUAAUAAAAUCCAGACAUUUAUUCUGGAAGUUUUCAAAAUGUUUCUUUCGUAGUUUUUGAAGACAAAGGUUUGAAUCGAACGGUGUAUCACCUCAACCAAUUUACAGGAAAGUUAGUAUAAGUCAAAACACAUUUAUUUUUGCCUUGAUCAUUUAGCCUAUCAAUUAAUUAGGUUCAUAUUGGUGAGAAAUGUAGCCCUGACCCUGUCUGUUUGGUCUUACAGAUGUCCUGUCCCCAGCAAAAAAAAAAGUUUAUAUGCAGGUUAUGCUGUUAUAUCGUCCCUACCAAUUUUGAGACCAAACCUACGCCCUUGCACUGAGAGUAUUAGACUCUCUUUCUAUGAAUGUAUUCUACUGGUGGGCACACCACGGGGUGUAGCACCGAAUAAUAUAACAUGACUGUUUUACUUAUUGAAAACCACAGAGUUGUUUGUGUGUGUGUGUUUUUUUUUUUUUUCAUUACCCCCCAUUCCAUUUCUAAUCAUUUCAAUGGGGAAAGAUAAUUUGCGAUGUAAGUACGAUCUGAGAAUGAAUUGAAACUUGCAUACAAAGGCACCACUUUAAAGUGAACGCCCACAUACUUGUGGUUCAGCACGUGACGAAGAUUCUAGUCACACUGUAUGCAGCCAUGAAAGGAAUGCUAAAACAACAGCUUUUUGCACAGUACUGUCUGUAUACGCCGUGUAACGGUUGCACUCAAACUGCCAACUAUAUCCAAUAAAUCUUGGACAAUUGGAGCAGUCGGAACUGAUUUGGGGGCUAACUUCAUUAUUUGAGUUGUGCUGCUCAUAUUUAUUUCCACAAAAUGACUCAUGGCCGUACACUGCGGUGUCCGGAAGUUCACUGACAAUGAAACAGCUGUACAUGAAGUUGCCUCACUUCGGGUUUAUAUAGUAGGUGGCUUGCUCGUUUUUGUUUUCCCAGAACCAAACUGUCAAAACUGUGUGCUUAUGUGAAUGGGUUGUGUGUUGUAUGUUUGUGUCAGAAUCCUUGUUAGAUAUUUGCAUAUACACAAAUAUGCAGAGUGCUACGAACGACUAAUAAAUAGACACUGCAACUGAA